CCAUGUCCAUGCUGCCCACCUUCGGCUUCACGCAGGAGCAAGUGGCGUGCGUGUGCGAGGUGCUGCAGCAGGGCGGCAACAUCGAGCGGCUGGGCCGCUUCCUGUGGUCGCUGCCCGCCUGCGAGCACCUCCACAAGAAUGAAAGCGUGCUCAAGGCUAAGGCCGUGGUGGCCUUCCACCGCGGCAACUUCCGCGAGCUCUACAAGAUCCUGGAGAGCCACCAGUUCUCGCCGCACAACCACGCCAAGCUGCAGCAGCUGUGGCUCAAGGCACACUACAUCGAGGCGGAGAAGCUGCGCGGCCGACCCCUGGGCGCCGUGGGCAAAUACCGCGUGCGCCGCAAAUUCCCGCUGCCGCGCUCCAUCUGGGACGGCGAGGAGACCAGCUACUGCUUCAAGGAAAAGAGUCGCAGCGUGCUGCGCGAGUGGUACGCGCACAACCCCUACCCUUCACCCCGCGAGAAGCGCGAGCUUGCGGAGGCCACGGGCCUCACCACCACACAGGUCAGCAACUGGUUCAAGAACCGGCGGCAGCGCGACCGGGCGGCCGAGGCCAAGGAAAGGGAGAACAACGAGAACUCCAAUUCUAACAGCCACAACCCGCUGAAUGGCAGCGGCAAGUCGGUGUUAGGCAGCUCGGAGGACGAGAAGACUCCAUCGGGGACGCCAGACCACUCAUCCAGCCCGGCACUGCUGCUCAGCCCGCCGCCACCUGGGCUGCCGUCCCUGCACAGCCUGGGCCACCCUCCAGGACCCAGCGCAGUGCCAGUGCCGGUGCCAGGCGGAGGUGGAGCGGACCCACUGCAACACCACCAUGGCCUGCAGGACUCCAUCCUUAACCCCAUGUCAGCCAACCUCGUGGACCUGGGCUCCUAGAACCCGUUUGCCUUGAUGAGCUUGCCUUUUGUGGCUUGACACUGGGGACCUGAGAGUGGCAGUGUCCAGGGGCACCCCGCCCCUGCGGCCCCACCAGGUACUGAAAGACCUGUAGGCUGAGCGGGUAGAACAACCGGGUAGGGCGGAUAGCUGUCUAUGUUGGUCCUUGUUUGGGAUUUAUUUUCAACAAGUUACUUUUGGGAUCCUUUUGGGGCUGGAGACUGGGUCUUAAACCACAGAAGGGAAUAAAUUAUAUACCACUGUCAUUCUCUCUCUCCCUCUGUCUCUUCCUUUCUUUUCCCCUCUCUUGCCUUGCCUUUUCCCCCUUUCCUCUUCCUUUCCUUUUUCUGCUUUCUCUCCGUCUUUCUCCCUCUCUUUUUUCAUUGCUUCUCUCUUUUCUUCUAGAUUUCUGGCUUGCCACCGUUCACUCUCUCCUUCUGUCUCUCCCUUUCUCUCUCCCUCUCUGUUUCUCCCCUCUUCUCUCCUGCCAGUCUCUUGUACUCUGUGUCCUGGUCCCUCCAUCUGUACCCCUGUCCUUCUCCUCCUGUCUGGUGGUCUAUCUGCCCCUACCUCUGGCCCUCGCUUUACCGGAGUCGGCGGUGGGAGAGGGAAGAGGAGAGAAAAGAAAGGUCCUUUGAACCUAGGCCAUCUCCAGAGGCCCUUUCCCUUACCCUUGUGGGUCAGUGGGAGCUGCAGGUGUCAGCUUUUCGCCUAGUAACUUAAGUGAGAGAGAAAGGGCAGCGCCACAGAAGCCCCUAAACGCCGCCUCGUCGUCCGCCCCUCGUCCUUCUCUCUUGGCGAGGCCCCGCCACACCGCUCUCUUCCUCCCGGGACUGUGGCCACAGCGCUCCCGGCUGAGCGCGCCUCCCUCCCCCCAGCCGCCGACUUGCCGUCUCCGCAUAAUGCCCUCAUGUGAAUGUUCUUCGGGAAAUAUUUCUGCUUUUAUUUUAUAAUAAAAUUAGAAAUCAUAAAUAUAUAAAUUGUUAUAUGCCA